AGGGGAAAAGUAAAAUUUGAUUGACCUUAUAAGGAGAGGAUAUCCUUAUUUGGGAGAAGGCCUGCUCGUUAAAACAUAGAUGACGGGCUUGGGCAGCAAGACAUAAUGGCUGCUGAAGGAGAUCUWAACAUUGACAGCAUUAUAUCUCGCUUACUAGAAGCCCGGGGACGGCCAGGGAAGAGUGUGCAGCUCGCAGAAUCCGAGGUGCGAGGACUUUGUUUGAAGUCUCGAGAAAUCUUUCUCAACCAACCUAUCUUGUUGGAGUUGGAAGCUCCGCUAAAAAUAUGCGGUGAUAUCCACGGACAGUACACAGACUUACUCAGACUCUUUGAGUAUGGAGGAUUCCCUCCUGAAGCAAAUUAUCUCUUCCUUGGAGAUUAUGUUGACCGUGGCAAACAGUCCCUAGAAAGUAUCUGUUUACUGCUGGCAUAUAAGAUUAAGUACCCAGAAAACUUCUUUUUAUUAAGAGGAAACCACGAGUGUGCAAGUAUCAACAGAAUAUAUGGCUUUUAUGAUGAAUGCAAACGGCGGUACAACAUCAAACUUUGGAAAACAUUCACAGAUUGCUUUAACUGUUUACCGAUAGCAGCUAUCGUCGAUGAGAAGAUCUUCUGUUGCCAUGGAGGCUUAUCACCUGAUCUACAAUCAAUGGAACAGAUCAGAAGGAUUAUGAGACCAACAGAUGUUCCUGAUACAGGUUUAUUAUGUGACCUGCUAUGGUCAGAUCCUGACAAAGACACCAGUGGAUGGGGAGAGAAUGACCGAGGUGUCUCAUUUACGUUUGGAGCAGAUGUCGUCAGCAAAUUCCUUAACAGACAUGAUCUGGAUCUUAUAUGUAGGGCACAUCAGGUCGUAGAAGAUGGUUAUGAGUUCUUUGCUAAACGCCAGCUAGUGACCUUAUUUUCUGCRCCCAACUACUGUGGAGAGUUUGACAAUGCAGGAGGAAUGAUGAGUGUUGACGACACUUUGAUGUGCUCAUUUCAGAUUUUGAAGCCCUCGGAAAAGAAAGCCAAAUACCAGUACGGAGGCCUGAACUCUGGUAGACCUGUGACUCCACCCAGAGGGCCAGCAAACAAGAAGGGAACGAAGAACAAGUAAGAGUAAGAUAGGAAGGUCUGUUAAUCAUCUUCACUUGCCAUUAUGGUCUUGCAACCCUUAUCGGUAAUCAUGUACUAAUGACUGUAUGGCACAUGUUGGUCGACAGUCACAGUACAUGAUUACCAGCCUUAUCAUUACUUUAGAUCUAGGAUGGAUAAGUUGAGAUCAAGUAUCUUAACUCUGUAUAUUAAUGUCUGAUGGUUUAGAAAACUCUGCGAAGUUUUGGUUCUAUAAUAUGCUUUGCGCACAAAUUGUUCCUUCUGUUUAAGUGAAAGAUUGUGGUUUCUGGAUCUAACACAUACAUAUACACUGAAUUAGACAACGAUAACUUUCUUAUGGUUUUCCUCAAUCAGGGAAGGCGUAUGUCAAUCCUCUUACCUAGUUUUGUUAAACUUGAUAAAGUCUUUGAUUUGCCAAAUCAGCCAAAACAUGUAGAUGAUUUAGAAACUCAAAGAUGACGAGAGAGGCUAGAGCAUUUUUGCUUAUGUGACAAGGAAGCCAUAUUGGUGUACCAAACAAUAGAAGAUUUCUGCACAGUUUUUGCAUAAAAAUAGAGUCCAAAAAUACAGUUCCCCAAGGAUAGAAAAUGUAUUGUUUUGGUACUCCAACAUGGCUGCUGUGACUUCACAUGAAAAGGCUCUAUAGGAGAUCAGCCAUACUGAAAUUGCUUUCUCUAUAACCCACUGCUAUAAAAAAAACUGGGUAAACUGUUAGAUAUGGAUUUGGUCAAUGGAAGAUCUUGUUUCUCAAUUCUUGCAAACAGUAUAAACUUGGAGCAUUUUCUGUGAGUAUGAUURCAUUUAAGCCAUGAACAGAAUUUUGGUUAUUUCUAAAGAUUGAAUGAAAAGAAAAGAAAAUUAUUUUUGAGUUUAUCUUAUUAUUAGCCAUUAUUAUUAGCCUGCUUGUUUUAUGGAUUAAAUGAAAUCUAGUGAAAACUUAACAAAAUUGCUCAAGGAUUUGCUCCAUCACAGUUGAGAUACAAAAUCUCCCAAGGUUUAUAGGUGCUGUGAAGGUGUGUCCAGGAUUUUCCAUAAAGAGAGAGGGGGGGUCACUCCUUACUGAUCUUUAACAUAGCCUAUCCCUUCCUCUGAAUACAUUAACUGCAUACAUGAAUUGCCAGUGGGAAGAGGGAUCUUUAGCACCCCCUGGACACACCCUUUAAGUACAAUACAGACCAAAGAGGAAAGUUAAGAAUGAACACCAUACCGUUAUAAAUGCAUCAACCAGUAUUCAUCAAGAAAUGUAUAUAUUCCAUAGUCAUUCAUUCCAGCACUAAACAGAAGGGACAGGUUUUGCUAUCUAUAGGUUAGUAAUGUGUACAAUAGUCAUAUUAUAAGUCUGAGGUGUAGUGGUGUUAGUCAGUGUAUGGUAUUGCCUUAGAUGAAAGUAGGGUGACCCCAGUACUAGGCAUAAUAGACCAUCACCUUGAGCGUAAUGUUUUCCCAUUUCAGAUCACGUCCAGUUCUCAACUCUAAUUCUAGUCCACUAUGGAUUACUCUCCUGGGCCCAGUUUUUCAAAGCCUGAUUAGUGCUAAUCCUGGUUUAACUCUUAAUAAGUCCUAUAGAGUUAAUCCUGGAUUAGCUCUAAUCCAGCUUUGAACAACCCGGCCCUGGGCUACUGAAUUUAUGGACCUAUUAUUGAAAAACAUUUGUGUUGAGCAACAAUGUCCUUCCCUUAGUAUCAUUUCUUUUUUUAAUGGUUGUGCAUAAGAAGACACAUGAAUAUGGAUACAACUCGAGCAAAGAAACAUAUUCUCAAAAGAAUGACACUUGGUCUGAAAAACUUCUCAAACAAUACACCCAAGCUGAAAAGGUCUAUUUACUGUCCUUCGGUCACCUUAAUUUCAUAAAAACAGGGCCCAUAAUAAUAAUAGCAACUAUAUAGUAGCUAAGUCUUGACGUACGAGUGAAAACUUAGGGUAUUCAGAACUCGUGACCCAACACGAUAUAACUUUUUACAACUAGUUUCAAAAUCAACUGAAUGACAGUGCGUGAAGUAUGUUGCUCCUUUCAACACAGUACGAUAGCACAUCAGAGUAUUCCUAAACUUCAGUGACCAAAAAUUAUAGUUUCAAGUCAGCGACUCCUAAAUUAAAAAAAUACAUUGCAGAAAAACCUCAAGUACCUUGGUUUGAAAGGAUAUUUUAUGGUUGAUGCUAGCACGAUAGCACCUUGGAGUAUUCCAUAACUCCAGUGACCAAAAAUUAUAGUUUCAAGUAAAUUAGUAAAUUAAAAAAGAAAUACAUUGCAGAAAAACUCAAGGACUUUGGUUUGAAACUAUUUUUGGUUAUUGAUUUUCAUUGGUGUCAGUUUAAUUUUGGAGUUUAAAAAUCACACAAAUAAUUAUUUCUUGCCCAUCUCCAGAAUGAAGAGAAUAAGUGGUAGUGUAAAUUAAUGAAGCAUUAAAUAGCUUGGUUUCAAUAGCUUAGUCAUAAAUAUGAAUAUAGUGUACAAUUUAUUUUUUGCGUAUUUGAUGUGCAUAAAAAYGAAGGUUUGGUGAAACAA